AUGAACGAAACGGAACAAGAGCUGGAUAGCCAUACGGAAAAAGUCGCUUCCGAAGGGACACAUUGGUUGGGUUAUUGUGGAACUCUUCCCCUCAUCCCCCUUGCCUCAAGAAGGCGUUCAAGCAGCAAAAUAUCAGGAGCAAUGAAAGAGAAAUUCUUCGCGCCACGCAUUGGAGACAUCAAUAAAAUGUACGAGGAACGGAAGACAAAAGUGUUUUUGGAACACGCACCGCACUUGGAACACUGCCAAGAGGCUUUAACUCGAAAAGCGGAAAUGUUAGAGUGUUCAAGUGAUUUGGACCUAAAUCGCAAUCGCAGAACCGAAGCGGGGAUUGCUCUACUUCAACUUUGUUAUUGCCGAGUUCAGCUUGGAAACUACAAUUCGGCUACUGAAGUUGGAUUUGAAGCGCUAAAGCGUUUGAUUGGGCUAAACAACAUAGCUGAAUAUAAAGAACAACUGAAUUCGUGCGUGAAGUGUUGCGAUCGAUGCCUUGCAUUUUGCGAAAGUCACGGACCAUUUCGUUGUCUCUUGGCCGCAGUUUUGCUAUGCUUUAUGUACCGACACAACUUGCUUCCAGAGGAUAAGGCAACACUGUUUCAAGUACUCUCAUCAGAUCUGUUUCAGGCGGCAUUGUUUACUUCGCUUGCAACAUCAGUUAAUGAGGAUCGCUAUACGGACCCAACAUAUCCCUUAUUCGACAGCCCCCAUUUGGGAACUGUGCUGAGCAAAACACUGACGGUUCUUGGAGCUAAUGUGGUCCUGGUUUGUCUAGUAGAAUUCAUCGAAUUUAGUCUAGAGAAUCGAUUAUAUCAGUCGUUACUCACGAACGCAAUGACUCGAAGAAUUUCGGAGCGAUUCCUUAUGGAAUUCGGCCAACCUCUGCUAAUCCGCGUAACUUUACUGAGAGCUCGGUUACUAACCAAGGUGGCGGCAUCCAUUGGUUACUUACCGAUGGAGUUGGAUGAAGUGCAAGUUCCAGUCCCACCUGGAAGAACACCAGAAGUCAGGGACCCAAAAGCAAAUGAGGUCUAUGAGCCAAAAACUUCGCGUACUUCCACAGAAGCCGCCAUGGGAAAACUUAUUGCCAAACUGUAUUCAUACGUUUCAACUCUGGAUCACCCGGUUAUGCAGUUUGAAUCCAUCCUCAAGGGCUUGUUGUUGAAUACAUCUAACCGAUUGUGUCAUGGUCUAUUUACGGCCCUUGACUGUGAUUCAAAGCAAGAAGCACAAGAGCAGGAUAUAUUGUUAUCGGUGCAAGCGUUGAUUCAAAUGGCCGAGAAUGCACGACAGAAGCAUUGCGCACGAUCCGGUGUCGUUUUCGCGCUUAAAGGCUUACGCAUGUUGCACCCCGUUCUAAACCAGAAACUGACGCUGCAAGGUUCGGAGUAUACGAACGAAGAACUCCCGUUGAUUCGGUACGAUAACAGAAGGGUCGCUGUUGCACUUUGGCACCGAUGUCGAAGAGGACUGAUAAAGUGUCAACUGGCGGAAAUUCAAGUAAUUGGCUCUAUUCCUGAUGCUCCUGAACUGGCGGUCCCCGAAGAGGCACCGAUUGAUGUCAACCUGUCCACCGGUCUGGAUGAAGCACAGCAAGCCAUGGACCACCAUUUAAGCUGCAAGUAUCACAUUUAUUUAAGCAAAUGGAUAUCGCGGAAUAACAGACCGCUGGAGGAUGAACUGCAUCACUUGGAUUUGGCCAUGGAAGCACUCAACAAAUCAUCAAAUUUGGCACUCACUAAGGCGGAAAUAUACGCCACUUUGAGAAAGAGCGAUCUACUGCUGCUACAAGCCUGCAAAAGUCAAAGUACCAAGGAAUUUUGGCAGGAUGUCGUGAUUCAAAGAGUCAAGUCGCUGAUAAACUUUCGGAACAGAUUACUCUCUGAGUUACCCAGAGAGUGGCACCCAAUAAACUUUGUAUUCUCUGAACGUGAACCGAACGACUCGGGCAAAUUCAUCAGGGCUACCUACCUUUGGCGUCCAUACAGUGUUGUUUGGACCGGACUUUUGCAAACGCAGAUGCGUAUUGGACUUUGUUUAGCCAAGUUGGCCACUCAUAUCUCAUCGGUGAACUCACAAGCUCUAGACAGUCCCGAAAAAUAUGGGGGAUGGGCUCAAGAACUUGCGUCGACUACGGUGAAUCUUUGCUACCAGGCCCUGGAUACGCUUCAAACGGCGGAAAAACUAGCGCUGAUGCUUCCCAGGAGACAAGCUCACUGCUUAACUGAAUUGAAUUUGGCAAAGGGUGAAGUAUCAAUGACACUCUUCCUUAUGAGAAAAGAAGCUUGGAUGCCUUCGAUGCAGAUGUUUUUUAACGCUGUCGAUUUAUCGGCUCACGUAACCGGAGACGGAAGAUUUCAGCACAAGGCGCUUCGAAUGCUUGCUCAGCUGUGGCAUUACGCCGCUCUUCGCGAGCGGUCCGAACAUGUAACUUUACCUAAGCCUGAAAUGACCUCCAGCAUCACGCCAAGGAUGAAAAGUGUUACUAAAUCCAGUCAGAAACACGCUACUCCCCAUCUGACAGUUACCUCUAUUCGUAGUACGGGAAAAUCCACCACACAACCGCUACUAUCCGAUAGCGCCGACCGGUCUGCAUCUUGGAACGAUCUAAAACUUUGUAUGUAUCUAGCUCAGUCAAUGGUGACGGAAUAUCUAAAUACGCUGAGGCACAUAGAUUCCAAUGGGAAUAUCGACGCAGAUGAACCAGCUAGGUCAGUGGAAAGUACAAGGCAUAGUGAUGAACCAACAGAUCGUGCGAAAGGGGAUCCAUUGGAUGCAGCUUGUAUCUUCCCGCUUGCACACUGGUUUGAUUUGCUCAGUCAACGGUGCAUUGGGGCCCGCAAAACAGUACUUAAAACUGAAUUACAGCGCCAGCUGCGUUUCAUGAAGGAUACACACAAGCCAAAAAUGGAAUAUGACCCGAUCGCAUUCGAGAAGGUUGUGCGUAGUUAUGCACGAAAAUACUAUCUCUCAGUUAACGCUGCCAAUGGAAGUGGAAACUGUUCACCUGAGACACACACUAAUCUGCAACCUUUGCUAUUCAACUACUUUAACCUGUUGCGGACGCGGUUAUUAACAUGGAUUGGGUUUGAAAGUGCAAAUUUGGAUGACCGUUUCUCAAAUUCUGUCAAAGAUACCAGCACAAUUGACUUUGCGAAGGAGCAAUCGACUUCAAAUGAUCCACUGUGUUUACAAGACAAGGCUUCGGCAGGAUUAAUUCCAUUUUAUAACCAGGACACAUUUUAUUGGUCACAGAGGCUCAUUUGUCUUCACAGAAUUCUUACAGAGCGGCGACUAGCGAUAUACAAUGAACUUAUUGGAGGCCUAAUCACCCAAGAAGAACCAUUGUCAUAUUGGAUGAAGUCACUCGGAUCGGAUGUGUCAAAGUCAGCGGACUCAAUGGUUCUACUCUCAAGAGUGUCGCAGUUCUUUGAGAUUGAGCCGUUGUUUCAUCCAUUAAAGUGGAACAUACCCCCAAACGUCAGAAGUCAGCGGCACAUAUCUGAACCGCAUCUUUUACACUUGCAGUUGUUGGACAGUGUUCCAAAUCCGGAACUGAACUACAAUAGGGCGAAAAUACUGCUGGUAUAUCACGAUGAUGAAGCCAACAAUAUUGAAAGCCGGGUGGUACUGAUCCGCAACACUUGUAAAUUGAGCGAACUAAUUUUGCGAAUAAAUCGGAUAUUUGCACAUUGGAUGUCCAGGGAAACGGAAGUGGUAGAAGCUACGGAAUUAAACAUGAGCUUAUCAAAACGCAAAACCAUCAAGACAACAAAGAGACCAGUCAGGAGUAAAGAAGCUGCGGCAUCCUCAGUUUUGGAUGCACAAACGGAGGCUGAACUGACUCUCUGGUUAAAGGACUUUCAUGACGCAUUUUCCAACUUGGAAUAUAUGGAUUAUUCGGCAGCAAGUGGCUUUUUUAUUGCUUCUUCCGUUGUUGAUGAAAGUGAGACUAAGCUUGAGCCAACCACAGAUAACUUGAAGAGUCUCUAUGCGAUUUUUCAACGGAACUACUUGGGUGGAAGCCUACAACCUGGAGCAGUCCAAAAUUACUUUUUAGAGGUGAUGCGGCGAAAAGCA